AUGGAGAACUUUAACAGUCGGCGCUCGACGGCGCUCAGCCUGGAUGGCAUGGUGGCUUCCACCCAGCCUCUGGCCAAUCGCAUCGGGCAAAGGAUUCUAGCCCAAGGUGGCAAUGCCGCCGACGCGGCUGUUGCCAUGGCGGCAGCCCUCAACGUCACGGAACCCUGUUCUACCGGCAUUGGAGGCGACUGUUUCUGUCUCUAUUUCGAUGCCACCACCAAAAAGGUGCAUGGUCUCAAUGGAUCCGGACGCACUUCAGCCAACACGACCCUGGAGGCUGUUCGAGCCAGCGGCAUCGCUGGUGAUAAGCUCCCCUGGGACCAUGCUCUCACCGUCACCGUGCCCGGAGCGGCGGCCGGCUGGGUCGAUACCAUCGAGCACUUUGGUACCAUGACCAUGCAGCAGGUGCUUCAACCAGCCAUCGAUCUAGCCCGCCAGGGUGCCCCCAUCCAUCAUGUUGCUGCUCGAAGCUGGGCGGGAGCUCAAGCCAGUGCUUUGCAAAGCUCGGCCAACCCGGGUGGCCAGGCCAUGCUCCUACAAGGCCAGCCUCCCGCCGAAGGUCAGGUAAUGGUCAUGCCCGAACUGGCCGCCACCUUUGAACUGCUUGCCAGCAAAGGCAAAAGUGGCUUCUAUCAGGGCCGUAUUGCUCAAGCCAUCGUCGACUGUGUGCAAGAGCAUGGUGGGAUCUUGACCCUGGAAGACCUUGAACAACACCGGAGCACCUUGGAUGACCCUCUUUACGUUGAUUACGCUGGAGUGCGACUAUGGGAGAUGCCGCCCAACGGCCAAGGCUUGACCGCGCUUCUGGCUCUCAAUAUUCUUGAGCACAUUCCGGGUUUUGAAUCCCUUGAGAUCAACUCGACACAGUAUCUGCAUUUUGUUAUUGAAGCCGUUCGCUUGGCCUUUGCUGACACCACCUUUUACGUCGCCGAUCCAGCCGUGAGCGCCGUCCCGAUCGCAGAGCUCCUGUCCGAGUCAUAUGCUGCUCAGCGUGCCAAGCUCAUCCGGCCUGACGUGGCCAUGGCCGAGCCCGAUCGCGGUUCCCCUGUCAAUUCUUGUGACACGGUCUUGCUCACGGUGACGGACAAGGCGGGCAAUGCAUGUUCCUUUAUCAAUUCCAAUUACAUGGGGUUUGGAUCUUGCCUCGUGCCCACUGGUUGCGGCUUUACGCUCCAAAAUCGAGGCGCCAAUUUUGUUCUUCAAUCUGGCCACCCCAACUGCAUUGGCCCCAGAAAGCGACCGUACCACACCAUCAUCCCGGGCUUGGUCACAAACGCCGACUCGGGCGAGCUUUACAUGACCUUUGGCGUUAUGGGCGGCUUUAUGCAACCGCAAGGCCACGUCCAGGUGUUGUUGAACCUCAUUCAGCACGGGCUCUCCCCGCAAGCCGCCUUGGAUGCGCCUCGCUUUUGUGUCGGACCGGGCCACGAAGGCGCUGCUGGCGGAGUGGCGUUGGAGGAAGGCAUCUCGGCGCAAGUGCAGGCUGAACUUGCGGCCAUGGGCCAUGAAGUAGAACUCUUGACUGGCUACGAUCGUUCUCGCUUUGGACGCGGUCAAGUCAUCCGCCAGGAGAUGCAAGCUGCGUCCGACGGCACAACACGUCGGGUGUGGGCAGCGGGCAGUGAUCCCCGAGGCGACGGCGCUGCCGUUCCUGCCUAGGUCUAGGCACGCAAGGCUUGAUAUGACAUCUUGAAUUUACUCAAUGUUGC